CCGCCAUCCCCGCGGUCCCCCCGCGGUCCUCCCCGGGGAGCCGCGGCCCCGCGCCCUCACCCUCGUCCCUCUUCCCCCAGGCUUCGGCGCUGCGGCCGGCCUGCGGGAGGGCUGGACGGGCGCUCCCGGGGAGGAGGCGGCGGCGCGCUCAGCAGCUGCCGCGGGGACCCUCGGCGCUCGCGCCGCCCGCGGCCCGGAGCCCCCGCGAACCAGCCAUGGCCGGCGACGACGGCCGAGCCCCGUCCCGCCCGCCGACGGCCGACGACGGGGGCGGCGGGGAGAGCCCCGACGGGGGCGCGCUGUCGCUGAGGCCGGGGCUCCCCAUCCGGGGCGUGCGGAUGAAGUUCGCCGUGCUCGCGGGCCUGGUGGAGGUCGGAGAGGUGUCCAACAGGGACAUCGUGGAGACCGUGUUCAACCUGCUGGUGGGAGGCCAGUUUGAUCUGGAGACGAACUUCAUCAUCCAGGAAGGUGAGAGCGUCGUCUGCAUGCUGGAUUUACUGGAGAAGUGCGAUAUCACUUGCCAGGCAGAGGUCUGGAGCAUGUUCACAGCCAUUUUGAGGAAGAGCAUCCGAAACCUUUACGUCUGCGCAGAAGUGGGCCUCGUGGAGAAAGUACUUGGGAAGAUAGAAAAAGCCGACAGUAUGAUUGCAGAUCUUCUCGUGGACAUGUUGGGAGUGCUGGCCAGCUAUAAUUUGACAGUUAGAGAACUAAAGCUUUUCUUCAGCAAACUUCAAGGAGAUAAAGGACACUGGCCUCCACAUGCUGGGAAGCUGUUGUCGGUGUUAAAGCAUAUGCCUCAGAAGGAUGGUCCUGAUGCCUUCUUCAGCUUCCCAGGGCGGAGCGCUGCAGCUAUUGCACUACCUCCUAUAGCCAGAUGGCCUUACCAGAAUGGCUUCACAUUUCACACCUGGCUCAGAAUGGAUCCUGUAAAUAAUAUUAAUGUCGACAAGGAUAAACCAUAUUUGUAUUGUUUUAGAACCAGCAAAGGUCUCGGCUAUUCUGCUCACUUUGUUGGUGGCUGUUUGAUCAUAACGUCAAUAAAGUCAAAAGGAAAAGGCUUUCAGCAUUGUGUGAAGUUUGACUUCAAGCCACAAAAGUGGUACAUGGUCACUAUAGUGCACAUUUACAACCGCUGGAAGAACAGUGAGCUUCGGUGUUACGUCAAUGGCGAGCUGGCGUCCUACGGGGAGAUCACAUGGCUUGUCAACACCAGCGAUACCUUUGACAAGUGCUUCCUGGGCUCAUCAGAAACGGCCGAUGCCAACCGGGUGUUCUGUGGUCAGAUGACUGCAGUUUACCUCUUCAGCGAUGCUCUUAAUGCAGCUCAGAUCUUUGCCAUUUACCAGUUGGGCCUGGGGUACAAGGGUACAUUUAAAUUUAAAGCAGAAAGUGACCUUUUCCUGGCUGAACAUCAUAAACUUUUAUUGUACGAUGGCAAGCUGUCCAGUGCCAUCGCCUUCACGUAUAAUCCGAGGGCCACAGAUGCCCAGCUGUGCCUCGAGUCAUCUCCCAAGGACAACCCUUCCAUCUUUGUUCACUCACCGCAUGCUCUCAUGCUGCAGGAUGUAAAGGCAGUUUUAACACAUUCCAUCCAAAGUGCCAUGCAUUCAAUUGGAGGAGUGCAAGUUUUGUUUCCGCUUUUUGCACAGCUGGAUUAUAAGCAAUAUUUAUCCGAUGAGGUGGAUCUGACUAUCUGCACAACCUUGCUGGCUUUUGUCAUGGAGGUGCUGAAGAGCUCCCUCGCCAUGCAGGAGCAGAUGCUGGCUUGUAAGGGCUUCCUGGUGAUAGGCUACAGCCUUGAAAAGUCUUCCAAGUCCCAUGUCAGCAGAGCAGUACUUGAACUUUGCCUUGCGUUUUCCAAGUAUUUGAGCAAUCUGCAGAAUGGGAUGCCCCUCCUGAAACAGCUGUGUGAUCACAUUCUUCUCAACCCUGCCAUAUGGAUCCACACUCCAGCCCAGGUUCAGCUGAUGCUCUACACGUACCUGUCCACUGACUUCAUCGGUACAGUCAGCAUAUACAACACUAUUCGGAGAGUCGGGACAGUGCUGCUCAUCACGCACACGCUCAAGUACUACUACUGGGCAGUGAACCCGCAGGACCGCAGCGGCAUCACCCCCAAGGGAUUAGAUGGACCGAGACCCAGUCAGAAAGAAAUACUUUCUCUGCGAGCCUUCUUACUGAUGUUCAUUAAGCAGUUAGUGAUGAAGGACUCUGGAGUAAAGGAAGAUGAGCUACAGGCUAUUCUUAAUUACUUGCUGACUAUGCAUGAGGAUGACAAUCUGAUGGAUGUCCUGCAGCUGCUUGUUGCACUGAUGGCGGAGCACCCUGGCUCCAUGAUUCCCGCUUUUGGCCAGAGGAACGGGCUACGUGUUAUCUAUAAACUUUUGGCAUCAAAAAGUGAAGGAAUCAGAGUACAAGCACUCAAGGCACUGGGCUAUUUCUUAAAACAUCUGGCCCCAAAGAGAAAAGCUGAAGUCAUGCUUGGGCAUGGGUUGUUUUCCUUGCUGGCUGAGAGGCUCACGCUUCAGACAAAUCUAAUCACCAUGACCACAUAUAAUGUUCUGUUUGAGAUUCUCAUAGAGCAGAUCUGUACUCAGGUGAUACACAAACAGCAUCCAGACCCCGACUCCACAGUGAAAAUACAAAACCCGCAGAUACUAAAAGUAAUUGCGACCCUACUUCGAAAUUCUCCCCAGUGCCCAGAGAGCAUGGAGGUUCGCCGCACCUUUCUCUCUGACAUGAUUAAGCUGUUUAAUAACAGCAGGGAGAACAGGAGGAGCUUGCUACAGUGCUCUGUGUGGCAAGAAUGGAUGCUUUCUCUCUGCUACUUUAAUCCUAAGACUUCAGAUGAGCAAAAGAUAACAGAAAUGGUAUAUGCCAUAUUCAGAAUCCUGCUGUACCAUGCAGUCAAAUAUGAGUGGGGUGGCUGGAGAGUGUGGGUUGACACCUUAUCCAUCACACAUUCAAAGGUUACUUUUGAAAUGCACAAAGAAAACCUUGCCAAUAUAUUUAGGGAAGAGCAGGGGAAAGGUGAUGAAGAAUUAGGGCCAUCUUCUUCACGUCUGGAUCCAGAAGUCCCAGAUGUUGGUGCUUUCGUGGGCACCCAGCACUCAGAUCUGAAGGACUCUCCCGUCUCGCUUCAUUUCACUAGAAAUGGUGACGAGAACUUCAGUAUUGGGAAGGCAAGUUCAGUCGAUUCUACGUUCAGCCCUGAGCUGCAGGCGCCAGAGACGUCUCCUGACGAAAAGAAAGCAGAGCAAGAAAGUCGAGAGGUCCUGGGCCAAACCACUUCGGGAGAAGCGACAAGUGAGAUGAAGGACACCCGUGACUCAGAAGCAUCUUCUGAUGCAGGAGAACCUGGGACCCUUGCCUCUAGGUCUUUUGAACUACCUGGCAAAGAUACGAUGGCCAUCAGUGGAAUCAGUGCUGUCAUAAGUUCUCCCUCAGAGCAAGAUGCUGCAGAGGUGCCAGAGUUGCUGGAGAAAUCUGGAGUAGAGGAAGAAGAAGAAGAAGAAGAAGAUGAUUAUGUGGACCUGAAGGUGGAAGGUAGCCCUACUGAGGAAGCCAGUCUGCCCACAGAGCCCCAAGGCAGCAGUUUGUCUGCAGCCACAGGAGGGCCAGUCAUGCGUGGCAAUGACUGCAGGGCUCAGAAGGAAGCACCUGUUUCUGAAACUGAAAAUGAUCCUGAAAGUGGAGAUUGUCAAGAGGCUAGGUUUCCAAGUAUGGCCGCAGCAGGGUCUUUAGCUACCUCACCAGAAGCUCCUGUUUCCCAGACAAGUGUACAAGCAGACAUUGAUGAGACGUUGGAUGGAGGAAUGAAAGCAACUAACCUUGCUGGAGAAACUGAGUUGGGUAGUGAUUGUGCUGACAAUGUCUGUGAGGCCCCUGCUAGUUCUGAGCAAAAGAUUGCCAAGCUGGAUGUUUCCAGUGUUGCUUCAGAUACUGAGCGGUUUGAAUUGAAGGCCAGUGCUAGCACGCAAGCGCCACAGCCCCAGCGACAUGGGCUUGAGCUCUCAAGACAACAGGAACAGCCAGGGCAAGGAGCAGCACCGGAUGCUGUUGACCAACCCAGGAGGGACUCCAGGUCGACCAUGUUCCGCAUCCCUGAGUUCAAGUGGUCUCAGAUGCAUCAGCGUUUGCUCACUGAUCUCUUAUUUUCCAUAGAAACAGAUAUACAGAUGUGGAGAAGCCACUCAACAAAGACAGUUAUGGACUUCGUGAAUAGCAGUGAUAACGUCAUCUUUGUCCACAACACAAUUCAUCUCAUCUCUCAAGUGACGGACAGUGUGGUCAUGGCUUGUGGGGGCAUACUGCCCUUGCUCUCGGCUGCUACAUCGGCCACGCAUGAGCUGGAGAAUAUUGAGCCUACACAAGGCCUUUCAAUAGAAGCCUCAGUGACAUUUCUGCAGAGGCUCAUCAGCCUUGUAGAUGUGCUUAUAUUUGCAAGUUCUCUUGGUUUCACUGAAAUUGAAGCUGAAAAAAAUAUGUCAUCUGGAGGAAUUCUGCGACAGUGCCUCCGACUGGUGUGUGCAGUGGCUGUUAGGAACUGCUUGGAGUGUCAACAGCAUUCACAGCUGAAAGCUAGAGGAGACACAGCAGAAGGCUGGAAAACAGUGCCUCGCCCGAUUCCCCUGGGGAGGUCUGCAGCAAAGAGCCCAGUGGACAUUGUGAGUGGUGGUGUAUCUCCAGUGAGAGAUCUUGACAGGCUUCUGCAAGACAUGGACAUCAACCGGCUUCGAGCAGUUGUGUUUAGAGACGUUGAGGAUAGCAAGCAAGCUCAGUUUUUGGCAUUGGCUGUUGUGUACUUUAUAUCUGUUCUGAUGGUCUCAAAGUACAGAGACAUUUUGGAACCCCAAGAUGAAAGACACAGUCAGUCUCUUAAGGAAACUGGAAGUGAAAAUGGUGAUGUGUCACUUCCUGAUGCAGAAAGCACAGUAGCAGAAUGCAGCUCUUUAACCAUGUCUUCGGUGGAGGACCCCUCGGGAGGUGCCGCCUCUGCUCGCAGGAGGGACUCUGGCCUGGGUGAGGAGACAGCCUCUGGCCUAGGAAGCACGGUGUCUGUAGCUUCUCCAGGAGCGCCUCCAGGGGUCAGCGCGGGCCCCGACGCCGUCAGUGAGGUGCUGUCCACUCUUUCUUUGGAAGUCAAUAAAUCUCAGGAAACAAAAGCGGAUGGAGGAAACGAGGUGGAUAGGAAGAAGACACCAUCAGUUCCAGUUUCAAAGCCUGUCAAUGUGAAGGACAUUCUCCGGAGCCUGGUUAACAUGCCGGCCGAUGGAGCCCCAGCGGAUCCCGGCCUCCUGCCCCCGGCCAGCCUGGGUGCUCUCAGUGACCUGGCUGCCCACGCUGUGCACUUCAGGUCUUUCGACAGAAGUGUCAUCAUUGCAACAAAAAAAUCAGCAGUCUUACCUUCCACCCUUAACACAAGUGCACCCGCCCACGCUGUCAGUGUAGUUUCGUCAGGAGAUUCCACCCAAGCCUCAGAUGUCGGGGGAGAGUCUCCAGGAAGUAGGUCAUCUAAUGCAAAAUUGCCCUCAGUGCCAGCGGUUGGCUCUGUUCCACAAGACCCAGUUGCGCACAUGAGCAUCACAGAACGGCUGGAGCAUGCACUGGAGAAAGCGGCUCCUCUGCUACGAGAGAUUUUUGUGGACUUUGCGCCUUUCCUUUCUCGGACCCUUUUGGGUAGUCACGGACAAGAGCUGCUUAUAGAAGGAACAAGUAGGUUACUCAGCCAGACAAUGAAGGACCAUUUAGUAAGAGUAGCAAAUGAAGCUGAAUUUAUCCUGAGCAGGCAGAGAGCAGAGGACAUUCACAGACAUGCAGAAUUUGAGUCCUUGUGUGCUCAGUACUCUGCAGACAAACGAGAAGAGGAAAGGAUGUGUGAUCACCUAAUUAGAGCCGCCAAGUACCGAGACCACGUGACAGCGACUCAGCUGACCCAGAAGACUGUCACCCUCCUCACCGACAAGCAUGGCGCCUGGGGGAGUUCUGCAGUGAGUCGUCCUCGUGAGUUCUGGCGCCUGGACUACUGGGAAGAUGACUUGAGGCGCCGGCGACGGUUUGUGCGUAACCCCCUAGGAUCGACACAUGCCGAAGCGACACUAAAGACAGCCGUGGAGCAUGCCGCAGAUGAAGACAUCCUUGCUAAAGGAAAACAGUCCAUCAAGAGUCAGGCUUUAGGAAAUCAGAACUCUGAGAGCCAGACCCUCCUGGAAGGCGACGAGGACACUCUGUCAUCCGUGGAUGAGAAAGAUUUAGAGAAUCUUGCCGGUCCUGUUAGCCUGAGCACGCCGGCUCAGCUUGUGGCCCCCUCUGUGGCACUGAAAGGUACUCUCUCGGUCACGUCCUCUGAACUCUAUUUUGAGGUGGAUGAAGAGGAUCCCAACUUCAAGAAAAUUGACCCAAAGAUCUUGGCAUAUACAGAAGGCCUGCAUGGAAAAUGGCUGUUCACAGAGAUAAGAUCAAUCUUUUCUCGUCGUUAUCUUUUGCAAAAUACAGCCCUGGAGAUCUUCAUGGCAAACAGAGUUGCUGUAAUGUUCAACUUCCCAGACUCCGCCACAGUAAGGAAAGUGGUGAACUCUCUACCUCGCGUUGGUGUGGGAACUAGUUUCGGACUACCUCAGACCAGGCGUAUUUCAUUAGCCACUCCCCGUCAGCUCUUUAAGGCUUCAAAUAUGACUCAGCGGUGGCAGCACAGAGAGAUUUCAAACUUCGAGUACUUGAUGUUUCUCAACACAAUAGCAGGACGGGGUUAUAAUGACUUAAAUCAGUACCCUGUGUUUCCCUGGGUCAUCACUAAUUAUGAGUCAGAAGAACUAGAUCUUACCCUGCCAAGCAACUUCAGAGAUUUGUCCAAGGCCCUGGAGAGUGAGUUUGUCUCCUGUCAGCUUCACCAAUGGAUUGACCUUAUUUUUGGCUACAAACAACAAGGACCCGAGGCAGUGCGAGCCCUCAACGUGUUCUACUACCUCACCUAUGAAGGGGCAGUCAGCCUGAGCUCGAUCGCCGACCCCGUGCUGAGAGAGGCUGUGGAAGCUCAGAUCCGAAGUUUUGGACAAACGCCUUCUCAGCUGCUGACAGAGCCGCACCCUCCUCGAGGCUCAGCCAUGCAGGCGUAUCUCCUCCUGCAGAGUCCAUUGAUGUUCACAGACCAGGCCCAGCAGGAUGUCAUCAUGGUCCUAAAGUUCCCUUCAAACUCUCCCGUCACCCAUGUUGCAGCCAACACCCAGCCGGGCUUAGCCAUGCCUGCCGUCAUCACUGUCACCGCCAACAGGCUCUUCGCUGUGAACAAAUGGCACAGCCUUCCGGCUCACCAAGGUGCUAUCCAGGACCAGCCAUCGCAGCUGCCUGUGGAAAUCGAUCCUCUCAUAGCCUGCGGUACAGGGACACACAGGAGGCAGGUCACUGACCUUCUGGACCAGAGCGUUCAAGUUCAUUCCCAGUGCUUCGUCAUCACUGCCGACAACCGCUUUCUUCUGGUCUGUGGCUUCUGGGAUAAGAGUUUCCGAGUCUACUCCACAGACACAGGAAAAUUGAUCCAAGUGGUGUUCGGCCAUUGGGAUGUUGUCACGUGCCUCACCCGCUCGGAGUCCUACAUAGGGGGGAAUUGCUACAUUCUCUCUGGGUCACGUGACGCAACCCUUCUUCUGUGGUACUGGAACGGAAAAAGCAAUGGGAUUGGAGAUCACCCAGGAAGUGAAACCACCACUCCCCGCGCCAUCCUCACGGGCCACGACUAUGAGGUCACCUGCGCUGCCGUGUGUGCUGAGCUGGGCCUGGUGUUGAGCGGCUCUCAAGAAGGACCAUGUCUCAUACACUCCAUGAAUGGAGACUUGCUAAGGGCUUUGGAGGGCCCUGAAAACUGCCUGAGACCAAAACUCAUCCAAGCAUCGAGAGAGGGCCAUUGUGUCAUCUUCUAUGAAAACGGCUGCUUCUGCACCUUCAGUGUGAAUGGGAAGCUGCAGGCCAUCGCUGAGACAGACGACCACAUACGGGCCAUGCAGCUGAGCCGAGACGGGCAGUACCUGCUCACGGGAGGAGACCAUGGGGUGGUGAUAGUGCGCCAGGCGUCCGACCUCCAGCAGCUCUUCGCCUACCCCGGCUGUGACGCCGGCAUCCGCGCCAUGGCCCUGUCCUUCGACCAGAGGUGCGUCAUUGCCGGCAUGGCGUCGGGAAGCAUCGUCCUGUUUUACAACGACUUCAACCGCUGGCAUCAUGAGUACCAAACCCGCUACUGAUGGUGACAGCCACGCCCUGGUCCUGUUCCAGGCUGAGCUAGGAAGGACUCCGGACAUCAUUCUGUGGCAACAGCGAUCACACCUGAAUGUAACUUAAAUUUGCUUGAACAAGCAAAGUAUUUUUUAAAGUUAAUUGCUAUUUUUGUAGACUUUGCUUGACACUUGGGGGUGGGGAGCAGCAAAGCAGAGAACUGGCUGCUGGUUUCUGUAGUUUAAAAAAAUCUAUAUUUUUAGUCAUGAUGAAAAGUCUAUUUUCACCAAUUAUGGAUACAAACGGUGGAGCCAAUAUUCCCACUAGUUCUUGCUUUGUUGUGUAAAACCAUUUCCCACUUCCUUGUAAUCUUGAGAAAUAAGAUUUUAGCAAUAGGGAAAUGGUUCUAGCAUCGGGACGGGAUUUUAUUCUGUACUGGGUCCUGUAUUUUUCUAGACAAUUGUGCUUUCUUCAGUGCUGACAUUUCCAGGAUUUUAAUAGUAACGUUUAAAUUAUGACGUGUGAUUUAAAACAUCUCAAUGGAUUAUUUCUGUAUUCCUCUUCUGUAAGCAUGUGUUAGCCCUAGAAAAUUAUGGUUUGGGGAAGGCUAUUUUAUUUUAGUGUGUGUUAAACAACAAAGAUCUAAGUUAUAACAAUCACAAAUGUUCACCACUUUUCCUGAUCUGUCAUCCUUAUGGCACAAGGUGAAAUGAUGGAAACACUCUUGGGCUCACAAUCCUUGUUUAAGAAUAAUAAGAACCAAAGCCUGCCCGAGUCACCAGUGCCCUGUGAGGAGCCCCCCCCCCCCCCCCCCCCGCUGGAGAUCAGAAGGUGCGGGUACUGUGCUGAACAGGGCCUACCUUCCCCGGGUGUGAGGACACUGCCUCUGCCUUCUUUCUGAUCAGCAGUUUGUACUAAGAGUGUUAUUUUGGUGUCAUAUAACUCUACCUUUUUCUAGUAGAUUGCUGUAUGAAAUUCUGUGAAAAUAUUUGAGGAAAGAUCUGUAUUACAUAAAUAAAUUCUUUGUAUGUUGUGAA